UUUGCACUUCAGUCUUUCUGUUUAUAUCAUACUGCAUGACAGGACAGCCAAUGGAAUAUAAUAGAAUUCUACAGACGUGGAGCAUUUGCUUUUUAAUUACGCUUCUUGGACAAACGGUCGGAAUACUUGUAGGCACAGCUGUUGACGUUCAGUCAGGUGUAUUUCUAGUUCCGACAAUAAGUAUACCAUUAUUUCUAUUCGCUGGAUUUUAUGUAAAAUUAGAAGAAAUACCAACGCACUUGCAGCCUUUAUGCUAUAUAAGCUUUUUCAGAUUUGCAUUUGAAGGUUUAAUGCAGGCGAUCUAUCUUGACCGAGCAAAUCUGUCAUGUUCGGAAAUCUAUUGUCACUGGCGUUCGCCAAAUAAAAUUCUCGCUGAGAUGGAUAUGCCAUCAAUGCCAUUUUACGUAAAUCUGAUAGUACUCGGCUUUUGGAUACUAAGUUUACAUAUAAUUACGUAUGCACUACUUUAUUGGAAAAUUCAUUAUGCAAGAAAAUAAUGUGAUAAAUUAAUACCUACCAAAA